CUAUACUGCCUGCUUCACCAGGAAACUGCAUCAUACCACCAAAAUAGUUAGUUCACUUCUUCAUUCAGUUGAACUUCCCUUUACAUUUCUGUCUUUCAGGCAAUUUCAACAUUUGCUGAUCAAGUACAGGGCUGAAGGGAAGAAACGAUGCCUUACCUCAGGAAUCAGUGAGCAGCAAGAGGCCAAAGUUCUCAGUGAUGGCACACAUGAAGUUGAGGCAGCUGAGCAGCCACUCCAGGAACCUUGUGGAGAAGCGGCCCUUAUAGAAGUUAAAAUAGGCCACGGCCACCAGGAACCUGGGAGCAGAGUGUAGGCCAAUGCAGAAGCGCCAGAUAUGGCACUCUGGGCUCAGGCUUAUGGAGGCACUAAUGGAGGGCAGAUAAUUGUGGAGUCCUGGAAAUGGAACACGGAGGAGAUGGAGAUGCAGGAAAGUACUACAUUGCCACCAUGACCAUGAUAACAGCCUCCAUGGCCCUGACCAUCAUUAUCACGAACAUCCAUCACUGUGGCCCAGACGCCAAGCCUGUGCCCAAGUGGGCCAAGAUCUUCGUCCUGUGGUACAUGGCCAGGGUGUGCUUUAUAUAUGAAGUAGGGGAGAACUGCAUGUUUUUCCAGCCUGAGAAACAGGACCCGCCACCUCAACCUACCCAUCAGAGGUGCAACAACUACACCAUGAACGGACAAACGGUCCAAGAGGACUUGAUUAUGAAGGUGGAAAGAGGUCAAGACGGCAAUUGAGGAGACAGAAGAUCAGUUGAUGAGUCCCACCGGCUCCAUGGGGAGGAACCCCACCAACUACUACAGUGCCUGGAGAAACGGCAUGUUCAUGAGCAUGGACUGUAGGGACUCGCCAGGGCUGGCCGCAGCCAGGAGGAGCCAGAAUAGGGGAGUAGGAGAGAGAACAGGGAGAGAGGAGGUGUGUAAGACCCAGUUCACCUGUCAGCACCAGCAGCUCCUCCCAAAUAUUGAGUACAUUGCCAACUGUUACAGAAAUACGAGGGCCACAGCAAAAAGGACUGGGGAGUGGAAGAAGGUGGCGAAGGUGUUGGACCGAUUCUUCAUGUGGCUCUUUUUCAUCAUGGUGUUUUCCAUGAGCCUGCUCAUCAUGGGGAAAGCCAUCUAACUUCAUAACUGGGCUGUGUUCAUUAGGUACGAAACAGGAGAAAACAUGUUGAAGUGAAGGAAGUAUUACCUGAAAUGGUGUAUCAAAAUGUUUUCGGUUUUACACUUAUUGAGGAUAACCCAAAUGAGAGAACAGGCUACAUGUGCAAUAUGUUUGUAGUGAUCAGUUUCCACUUUUCACCUCACACCUUUUUACACACUAAGGCCUAAUCUGAACACAAGGAUUUCAUCCAGACUUCAUCAAUUUAAUUUAAUUGUUUGAAGUGGAAAUUGCAAACUUAAGAAGCCUUUUUAAACCUCACAUAUACUACAAGUUUGAAAUGUCCUGCAGUUCUCCUGAAAAAGGUUGAUCAAAUUAAGAUCCUACAUCUCUACAUGUGGUGUGUGUUAGAUCAUUAUUUGUAGUUUCUAACAUUAAUUUAAAAGUGAACAUGGGAAUUGCAACACCUUAGAUUCCCAUUCAGGGAUGAUAAAACAGUAAUAGUUGAUUUAAGCUUUUUGGGUUAAUUUAUCAACAUUUAAUAACACAAUGAAAAUCAAAUAUGUUUGUGACAUUUAAAAACACUUAAAUAAUCCGUUACAGCAUCACAAUAUCCAGUGCUUAAUUUGUACAUCGGGAGGUUCCGGGACAAAAAGUGAGAGCGACAUGGGGAGUUUUAAGGUACCAGAACGAAUAAGAAAAACCAAUCACCUUUAUAUUAAAGCAUAGCAUGCAUACUAUCGCAUGUGCGUAGUGACGUAGAGCAGUAGAGUAGAGGCACUUACAAAAGUUGCACACAUUGGGGAAAUUAUUUGUGGCCUAGGGUCUGGGAAAAAAUGUGGCCUUUUAUAAACGUAUUUCAUGCAAUUCUACGUAAUUUUGCAUGACUGACAGAAUCUUUGACACUGAGAAUAUGAGAUCAGUGAAAACGACCUUGUCUUGAAUCCAUCAACAGCCUUUGCCUAGGAAAUUCCUAAAAAUGCUUUCCAGUUUCACUGACUGAACCAAUGAUGCGCUCAUGCCAAAAGCUUUGCUCUCUCUCUUUGGUAAAACAAUAUUUGAAUGUUGAUCAAAUAUUUUGGUAGCCUACAGCAGCAUAGUGUUCACUUUUCGGCAGGAGCCAAUUGCUUUCCAACCUGUGCUUCCCCUUGACUGUUUUUGAAAUAUUGCGAAAAAACGGUUUUGUCUGCAUGCUGUUUUUUCACGGACAGAUAUGCCUCGCGUUCCCUACUGUAGGUUAUUCGUUAUUACUGGGCUACAAUCCACAACUAGGCUAUUUAAAAUAUUUUAAAAAGCUAUUGAUCCUUGGUGGCUAGAUUAUAGGCCUUCUCGUGGUGUAGUAGGCUAUUAUGAAUGAUUUCAUUAACAGACAGCAGUAAUUCUAUAAUUUUGGCAAAUGUAUUUAUCGGGGGUGCUGCGGUUCCUUCAGAACCAUUCGCAUGGCAAUGGUUCUAUCAGGAAAAAUGUAUAAAGUGCAUGAGAGAUGAGAGUUGCAGGCUCAUGUCUAUCAGAGCAGAGAUGGAGAGAGACCAUAGAAAGUUACUCUAAUUCUAGUUAUGUGAGAGACAGAGGUGCGCUUCUCACAUAGGCACUGCCAAGCGUUGGUCUCACACAUGGGUUACAAUGUUGCGCAAACCAUAAACCCUGACCGGCCCGACCCAAAACUACUCUUAGAAUAUUAGGCCCGGGAUGAAAAUGUACUAUUUCACAUAGCAUUUGUUUUGGGACAGGAUCAUUUACGAAGAUACAUUUUGAAUGAACUUUGGUCGCAUUUAUUGUAAUUUUUACAUUGAAAAAAGUGCCAAUUAUUUUUCAUGCCAUGAGAGGUACCGGAUCCGGCCAAAUAGGUACAAAACAGUCCAAAACGGAGAGGUGCCGGAUCCUGUUCUGGCAGGAUUCGGCUGGAAUUAAGCACUGACAAUAUCUCAUUAUACCAUAAUUUAGUGUAUGUUUGAUAUAGUAAAAAUGACAAUUCAACUCUAACAUGCACAUGAUAUUGUUAAGAGAAACAAAGAUUAUCACUUUAAUUAUUAGCUGUUAUGUAAACCAGUCUUUAUUGUCAGUUUAUGGUGGAUUGAACUGUAUGUGCAGAUCCUGAACUGUACGUCAUAUGCGUUGCUUUGUUGUGCCAAUUUAUAUUCCUUACUGAUCUCACCUCUCUCCACAGAGAAAUAUUUAAUUAGAUCUGCUCAGACAUCCAGCAAGUCUCCUGGCAAAUUACUGCAUUUUGUAUAGCUGAAUAUUGUAAUUGACUGUUUAUCCCCACAACGGUUCAAACGUGUCCCUGUUGUACACCAUCAGAGUCGCCCUUACCAGAACAGAGCCUUCUCAGCGCAGCCGUUAUCUCUUUGUUUCUUAAACUAUAGAUGAUGGGAUUUAUAACAGGAGUCAGGAAGCAGUUAACGAUAGAUAUCAAGAUUAUAACUUUACAGUGAAUGUUUUCAGAUUUGGCACUGAUGUAGACGCAGGAGUGAGCGAGGUAGCAGGGGAGGACGACAGUGAGAUGUGCGGAGCAGGUAGAGAAGGCUUUCAUACGGCCCUCUGAAGAUGCAAUCUUGCAGACGGCUACAAGGAUUCUGAAGUAGGACCAAAUAAUGACAGUGAACGGGAAAUAGAUCGCUAAGCACACACGUCGAUCAAAAAGGUUGUGUCCGAACAGGACAGUGAAACUACAGGAGGAAGGUCACAGAACCAAAAAUGUAUUUUGUUGCUACAGAAGGGCAAUUGUGCUGCGAAAAUGACACAGAAGACAGGUAAACUGAGUCCAGAUGCCCAUGCCGCUGUAGUCAACAGUCUCUAAGAUAAUGCUGCUGUAACGUAAGGGAUUGCAGAUGGCGACAUAGCGGUCAUAGGCCAUGACACACAGCAGCAUGCUCUCGACGGUUUGAAAUGACAAAUACACAUACAACUGGAGGAAACACGCUGAGUAGGAGAUCGUUACGUUAUUCCACAAACUCAUUGCUAUCAUCUUAGGCAGAACACUGGUCGAUAUCACAAUGUCUACGAGGGACAGAUGGCUGAGGGACAUGUACAUGGCUGACUGCAGCUUGGGGUCUGUCGCCACCAGGGUAAGUAUGAUGAGCUUCCCAAUCAGGAUCAUCAGGUAGACCACCAAUAGGAAGAUGUCCAGCUCUAGGUAGACGUUUUUCAGCCGCUCUCAACCCCAAUGAAGAGGAAUUCAGUCACAACUGACAAGUUGGCUUGAAGGCAAGAGUCUUCUGGAGGUCAAGGAAGAUCAUUUUACUAAGGGGCACAAUAUCAGCAUUUGCUUGAGAAAGACAGAAAUAGUUCUUAAUUUGUACGAGACACUUACUUUCUACAUUUUGAAAGCUGUAUUCAGGGCGUAUGUUGUUCACAUGCCAGAUUUUCAUAUUAUUUGGACUAUUUCAGUGAACAGACACAAAAAAAAACAUACAAACAUGAAUAAUGCAUCUCUAGUAUGAACUACAUUUAAAAAUAAACUAUUUUGAAUAGCCAUUGAUGCAAAUGAUGAAUUGAUGAAGCUGGUUUUGUACCUUAUCAGCUCGGAGGUUAGUAACCUUCCGGUUACUAGUCCAACGCUCUAACCACUAGGCUACCCUGCCGCCCCUGAUUGAGAGGGGUUUGGGUUAAAAGCAGGAAACACAUUUCAGCUGAAAUGCAUUCAGUUGUACAACUGACUAGGUAUCCUCCUUUCCCUUAUGACUGGAGCACAUAGUUUCUGAUGAAUUAUGUCCAACACUUCAUUUUGAUCCUCUAAAAUGUCUAUAUGCAUUGAUAAAUGUUAAACAAACUCCAUUGGCUAGUUAGAUAUUAACUGGAAAUGUUGAUAUAAAACAAACAGUUGUGUUGCCAGCAGGGAGUUGUACAUGUCCUUUUAAAUGAUGUCAAGCCCUGACCUUAGAGAUCCUUAUUAUUCUCUAUGUUUGGUUAGGUCAGGGUGUGACUCGGGUGGGAAAGUCUGUUUUCUAUUUCUUUGAUUUGGCAGAGUGUGGUUCCCAAUCAGGCAGCUGUCUAUCGUUGUCUCUGAUUGGGGAUCAUAUAUAAGUUGUCAUUUUCCUUUUGAGUUUUGUGGGAUCUUGUUUUCUGUUUAGUGUCUGUAUCUGACAGAACUGUGCGCUUUCGUUUUCACUUUGGUUAUUUUGUUUGAGUGUUUAAAAAAUAUAUAUAUAUCAUGAACACUUUCCACGCUGCGCUUUGGUCCACUCCUUUCGACGAGAGCCGGUACAAAUGAUGCUUAAAUGUGUGUGAUAGUUUUCAAAUCUGAAAGCUUAAGUCAAUACCAACCCGAAAUGUAGAGACAUUGGUUUUACCUGAAAUGUAUAGACAUUGGUUUUACCUUGCGGAGUAAACUUUUACCAUGUCUAAGUAACAGAAUCAUAUUCUCCAAUUCAGACCUGCCCAUUCAUUGUUAAAUAAUAACAUCUAUAAACUAUCAAAAUAAAGGAAGUCGCACACUC